AUGUGGAGCUGGGUCCAGAGGGUGCUGCCUCAGCCCCCAGGGACCUCCCAGAAGACAAAGAUGGAGGAGGAGGAGGAGGGGGCAGAACCAGAACCGGAGGCAGAGCUGGAACCAGAGCCGGCGCCUAAAACAGCCCCGAAGGAGGCUGAGCUAGGGGAUGAAUCCCUGCCACCAGAGGAGCCAUUUGAGGGGGAGGAAGUGGCUGCAGCUGAGCCAGGCCCUCAGGAAACCCAGGAGGCUGCCCCUACUCCACCCACAUCCCUCCAAGCCCAGGUUGCUGUGGUUCCCGAAGUGAACAGCACUCCCAGUGGCUGGGUGCUGACCUGGCUCAAGAAAGGCAUGGAGAAAGUUGUCCCACAGCCGGUCCUCAGCAGCGGGCCAGCCCAGACCACUGCUGCUGGCUUGGAAGGCCCCACCCAGGCAGGAGCACAGAUCCCUGGGCAACGCAGCAAUGGGAGCUCAGAUGGACUCGAUGUGGCCCCUGGGGCCCAGGACACUGGGCCUGGGCCCUGGCUGCUCAGGUGGCUUGAGCAGAAUCUGGAGAAAGUGCUGCCUCAGCCCCCCCAGAGCUCCAAGGACUGGGGAGAUGAGCCUGCAGAUGCUGCCUUGGGCCCAGAGCCCCCAGGACCCCCUUUGGAAAGGGAGCCCAUGCUGCAGGCCCCGGAGAGCCCCAACAUGCCCACUGCUGGCCCCCUGGAGCCCAAGGAAGAGCCAACUUCAGAGCCCCAGGCCACCUUCCAUGCUUCCUCCUUGCCGCCUGCUGGGGACCCUGCCAGGUUGAUGGCUUGGCUCCGGCACAGGCUGGAGAUGGCCCUGCCGCAACCCGUGCUCCAUGGGAAGGCUGGUGAGCAGGAACCUGAUUCCCCUGUGGCGUGUGACGUGCAGACCGUCUGCAUCCUCCCUGGAGGCCAAGAGGAGCCCGAUCUCGUCCUAGAAGAGGUUGACCCUCACUGGGAGGAGGACGAGUAUCAGGACCGGGGAACCAGUCCGCAGGGCUCAGAGGCAGCUCCAGCUUAUGAAGAGGAGAAUGAGGCCAUGGAGGAGAUGCCCAGGGAGCUGCCCCAGAUUCAAGAGGAGAGAGAAGAUGAGGAGGAAGAUGGAGAGGAAGAGGAAGAAGAGGAGGAGGAGGAGCCUAACGUCCUGCUGGAUAGCUGUCUGGUGGCACAGGCUGGCGAGCACCCGAGCGGAGUAGGCAGGACCCAGCCCCAGGAGGCCGCCCACCAGGAGCCACAGGAGGAGGCCGUGGCUGCCAGCCCAGAAGUGCCUGCUACAGAAGAGCACCCGGAAGUGCAGGUGGAAGAUGCCGAUACUGACGGCCACCCCGUCAUCUUGGAGAACCCUCCCUCACCCGAGCUGCCACCACCUUCUCCUGCCAAAUUGGACACCCUUACGGUCCCGGGAUCUGCCGCAGGGACGCAAAGGAAGGGGCCGCCCUCCCAGGAUGAUGAGGCUGAAGAGCUCAAGGCACUGUCGCCAGCUGAGUCUCCCAUGGUCGCCUGGUCAGACCCGUCCAGUCCGCAGGGCACUGAUGGCCAGGACCGCGCAACCUCCACAGCCAGCCAGAACAGCGCCAUCAUCAACGACCGGCUCCAGGAGCUGGUGAAGCUUUUCAAGGAGCGGACAGAGAAGGUGAAGGAGAAGCUCAUCGACCCCGAUGUCACGUCUGAUGAGGAGAGCCCCAAGCCCUCUCCAGCCAAGAAAGCCCCAGAGUCGGCCCCGGCGGUAAAACCCACCGAAGCGGGACAGGCGGAGGAAGAGGAACACUAUUGUGACAUGCUCUGCUGCAAGUUCAAGCGCCGCCCCUGGAGGACGUACAAGUUUCCCCAGAGCAUUGACCCGCUGACCAACCUGAUGUACAUCCUGUGGCUGUUCUUCGUGGUGCUGGCGUGGAAUUGGAACUGCUGGCUGAUUCCCGUGCGCUGGGCCUUCCCCUACCAGACGCCAAACAACAUCCACCUCUGGUUGGCGAUGGAUUAUCUGUGUGACCUCAUCUACUUCCUGGACAUCACCGUGUUCCAGCUGCGCCUGCAGUUUGUCAGAGGGGGAGACAUCAUUACGGACAAGAAGGAGAUGCGCAAUAACUACCUGAAAUCUCGUCGCUUCAAGAUGGACGUGCUCUGCCUCCUGCCCUUGGACUUUCUCUACUUGAAGUUCGGUGUGAAUUCCCUCCUGCGCUUGCCCCGCUGUUUGAAGUACAUGGCCUUCUUCGAGUUUAACAGCCGCCUGGAAUCCAUCCUCAGCAAAGCCUACAUUUACAGGGUGAUCAGGACCACGGCUUACCUGCUCUACAGUCUGCAUUUGAACUCAUGUCUGUAUUACUGGGCGUCAGCCUAUCAGGGCAUCGGCUCCACUCACUGGGUUUACGAUGGCGUGGGAAACGGCUACAUUCGCUGUUACUACUGGGCUGUGAAGACCCUCAUCACUAUUGGUGGGCUGCCUGACCCCAAGACACUCUUCGAAAUUAUCUUCCAGGGGCUGAACUAUUUCACCGGUGUCUUUGCUUUCUCUGUGAUGAUCGGACAGAUGAGAGACGUGGUGGGGGCCGCCACUGCAGGGCAGACCUACUACCGCAGCUGCAUGGACAGCACAGUGAAGUACAUGAACUUCUACAAGAUCCCCAGGUCCGUACAGAACCGUGUCAAGACCUGGUACGAAUACACCUGGCAGUCCCAAGGCAUGCUGGAUGAGUCAGAACUGAUGGUGCAGCUUCCGGACAAGAUGCGGUUAGACCUCGCCAUCGAUGUGAACUAUAACAUUGUCAGUAAAGUGGCUCUCUUCCAGGGCUGUGACCGACAGUUGAUCUUUGACAUGCUGAAGAGGCUUCGUUCUGUCGUCUACCUGCCCAAUGACUAUGUGUGCAAGAAGGGGGAGAUAGGCCGAGAGAUGUACAUCAUCCAGGCAGGACAGGUGCAAGUCUUGGGUGGCCCUGAUGGGAAGGCCGUGCUGGUGACGCUGAAGGCUGGAUCUGUGUUUGGAGAAAUAAGCUUGCUGGCUGUUGGUGGCGGGAAUCGUCGCACCGCCAAUGUGGUCGCCCACGGGUUCACCAACCUCUUCAUUCUGGAUAAGAAGGACCUGAAUGAAAUUUUGGUGCAUUAUCCCGAGUCUCAGAAGUUACUCCGGAAGAAGGCCAGGCGCAUGCUAAGAAAUAACAACAAGCCCAAGGAGAAGAGCGUGUUCAUCCUUCCUCCCCGGGCAGGCACCCCCAAGCUGUUCAACGCCGCCCUGGCCAUAGCAGGAAAGAUGGGCGCCAAGGGGGCAAAAGCCGGCAAGCUUGCCCACCUGAGGGCCCGGCUCAAGGAACUGGCUGCGCUGGAGGCAGCAGCGAGGCAGCAGCAGUUGCUGGAACAGGCCAAGAGCUCGCAAGACACUGCGGGAGAGGCGGGAUCCGCCGCCCCAGACCAGCCAGCACCGCCAGAGCCCCCAGCCCGCAGCUCUCCGCCACCUGCCUCCCCUGAGAGGCCCAAGGAAGGCAGGGAAGGGGCGGCUGGGCCGGAGGAGCACUCGGUGCAGAUCCGCAUGAGCCCAGGCCCAGAUCCCGGUGAACAGAUCCUGUUGGUGGAGAUCCCGGAGGAGAAGGAGAUCCCCGAGGAGGAGGAGAUCCCGGAGGAGAAGGAGAUCCCGGAGGAGAAGAAGGAGAUCCCGGAGGAG